CGUGGCGUGUCUGCUUUUGGCAUGUGUCAAUCUUUUCUUUUUUUUUUUUUCUUUUUUUUUUCACAAAAUGGCGAAAAUCCAGCUCACAAAGAACACGAUUGCCAUUGCUGCCCUUGGUCUUCUUGCGCUCGGGGCGUUGGUCAGCUGGGUUCGACAGCCAACGCCGCACCCGCAGCCGCAUGGCCCGGCCGAGAUUGACGUGGCCACUUCAGACUACAUUGAGCGUGAGAUCCAACGGCGCAUGCACGCGUCGCUGCUCACCCUGAACAAGGAGCUCGCGUUGCAAGUUGGCAAGGUGUACCCACCAACCGAGUACCGAAACGCCGGCGAACGCAAAAAGAUUCUCGUGACGGGAGGCGCGGGGUUUGUCGGCUCGCACCUUGUCGACGCGCUGAUGGCGCAAGGACACGAGGUCACGGUGGUGGACAACUUUUACACGGGUCGCCGCCAGAACAUUGAGCACUGGGUGGGGCAUCCAAAUUUCCAGCUCAUUGUGCACGACGUCCAAGAGCCCAUCUUUCUGCAGGUCGACCAGAUCUACCACCUCGCCUCGCCCGCGUCCCCGCCGCACUAUCAGCACAACCCGAUCAAGACGAUCAAAACCAACGCCGUCGGCACGCUGAACAUGCUGGGCCUCGCCCGUCGCGUCAAGGCCGAGUUUCUCCUGGCGUCGACAUCAGAAGUCUACGGCGAUCCCGAGGUGCACCCGCAGCCCGAGUCGUACUGGGGCCACGUCAACCCUAUUGGCCCCCGCGCCUGCUACGACGAAGGCAAGCGCGUCGCCGAGACGAUGGCGGUCGCCUACCAACAACAGGAGCAAGUCAGCAUCCACAUUGCGCGCAUCUUCAACACGUUUGGCCCGCGCAUGCACCCGAACGACGGUCGCGUUGUCAGCAACUUUAUCAUCCAAGCACUCCAAGGCAAGCCCAUCACCAUCUAUGGCGAGGGCCAGCAAACUCGCUCGUUCCAGUACGUGUCAGACCUCGUUUCGGGCUUGAUGAAGCUCAUGAAUAGCAACGUGUCUGUUCCGGUCAACCUUGGCAACCCGGACGAGUACUCUAUUCUCGAUUUUGCCACGUUUGUUCGCGAUGAGGUUGCCUCCGACGCCGCCAUUGCAUUCAUGCCUGCCAGCCGCGACGAUCCCCAGCGCCGAAAACCCGACAUUUUGCGCGCCGAGCAGCUCCUUGGAUGGACCCCGCAGGUCCCCGUCCGCGAAGGCAUCCACAAGACGAUCGAGUACUUCCGACGAGAGCUGCGUUUGGACAUGUCCCUGAAUGCUCUCGAGCUGCCGCGCUCGGACAAAAAGUCGCCCGGCUCGGGCGCAACCGGUCCGAAGCGAAAACUGAACAAUGCUGCCCAGUGGAGUGACGUGGAUCCUCGGAUACUGCCACGCACUGCAGUCACAGAAGGCGAGUUUGUAGUUCCGAAGGAUGACGAGGAAGCAGCGUGAGCUCGCUCGUAGGGACAGGUUUUUUUGUUGUUGUUGUUGUUGGUUAGUUGCUCUCUGUGGGCUUUUCGUCUCUCUUGAUUGUUAAUGCUCGCUCCACGGCUACAUUGCUUUUUCUUUCUUCUUUCGUUUCGUUGGCUUGCUUUUUUGGGUAUUCAUUUCCGCUCUUUCCCGCCCCCUUUUUUAUUCUUUUUUGAGGGAUCGGUUUCAGUUUGGUGUUGUUGUACUUUUAGAGAAUAAAUGAAUCAAUCCAUACAUACACGAA